AUGGAUUAUACCUUUGGCGGGAAGUAUAAACUCGAGGAGGAGAUUGCAAUGGGCGGUUGUGGCACCGUGUGGCAGGGCGUCCACACCGUCGCAGGCAAAGAGGUGGCGAUUAAACUCGAACCAGCCAUUGCAAAAUCCAGUCCCCUGAAACAGGAGUCAAAAAUAUACAAGACCCUCAUGGGCGGACCCGGUGUCCCGUGGAUUAUGUGGUCUGGAAAACAGGGCGACUACAACGUCAUGGUCAUCGACCUCCUGGGCCCCUCGCUGGAGGACCUCUUCCGUAUGUGCAAUAGGCACUUUUCCCUGAAGACAAUUCUUCUUCUGGCGGAUCAGCUGAUCUCUCGUAUCGAGUACAUCCACUCGCGUGAUCUCGUUCAUCGCGACAUCAAGCCUGCCAACUUUGUUAUCCCGCGGUCGGACCAGAAUGCGCACUUCGUUGUCAACAUGAUCGACUUUGGGUUGGCGAAGAAAUAUCGAGACCCACGUACCAACUCACACAUCCCAUACAACCAGGAUGACCACCACGGUGUGGGCACCUGUUUGUUUGCGGCAAUCAACACGCACCUUGGAAUCGAAUGUUCUCGCCGCGAUGACCUAGAAGCUCUCGCAUAUAUGCUGAUUUACUUCCUCCGCGGCACCCUGCCAUGGCGAAAAAUCAAAGGUAGCACAACAUCAGAAACCUGGGAUCUCAUCCGCGAUAAGAAGCUCGAGACAGAAACACUGCUCACCGUCGGGCUCCCGACCGAAUUCGAGCUCUUCUACAAAUACACCCGCAGUCUCGAGUUCGAGGACGACCCAGACUAUGAUGGCCUGCGCGCUCUCUUCCGUGGGUUGGCUGAGAAGCACAAGAUCGAGUAUGACUGGGUGUUUGACUGGUCUGUGCCAAAGUCCAAGGAGAGGAAGAGGAAGCGCGUAUGCCGGUCAUGCCAUGCAUGCGCUGCUGCCGCGGAGGCAGCGGGCAAAGCGCGGUCGUAG